CGGGGGCUCCGCUGGGUCCCGGUGCCCGCCGCGCGGUGACCAUGAACGCGGCGCAGGGCACGGUGGGCAGCGACCCGGUCAUCCUGGCCACGGCCGGCUACGACCACACGGUGCGGUUCUGGCAGGCGCACAGCGGCAUCUGCACCCGCACCGUGCAGCACCAGGACUCCCAGGUGAACGCGCUGGAGAUCACACCGGACCGCAGCAUGAUCGCUGCCGCAGGCUACCAGCACAUCCGCAUGUACGACCUCAACUCCAACAACCCCAAUCCCGUCAUCAACUACGACGGCGUGAGCAAGAACAUCACCUCGGUGGGCUUCCACGAGGACGGGCGCUGGAUGUACACGGGCGGGGAGGACUGCAUGGCCAGGAUCUGGGACCUCAGGUCUCGUAACCUCCAGUGCCAGCGCAUCUUCCAGGUGAACGCUCCCAUUAACUGUGUGUGCCUGCACCCCAACCAGGCAGAGCUGAUCGUGGGUGAUCAGAGCGGCGCCAUUCACAUCUGGGACCUGAAGACCGACCACAACGAGCAGCUGAUUCCAGAGCCUGAAGUUUCUGUGAACUCAGUUCACAUUGACCCCGAUGCCAGUUACAUGGCAGCUGUGAACAGCUCGGGAAACUGCUACGUGUGGAACCUGACGGGUGGCAUCGGGGAGGAGGUGACUCAGCUGAUCCCCAAGACCAAGAUCCCUGCACACAACCGCUACGCGCUUCAGUGCAAGUUCAGCCCCGACUCCACACUCUUGGCUACGUGUUCUGCAGAUCAGACCUGCAAGAUCUGGAGGACUUCAAACUUCUCGUUGAUGACAGAGCUGAGCAUUAAGAGCAAUAACCCAGGAGAGACGUCUCGGGGCUGGAUGUGGGACUGCGCCUUCUCUGGGGACUCCCAGUACAUCGUCACAGCCUCCUCUGACAACCUGGCCAGACUUUGGUGCGUGGAGACAGGAGAGAUCAAGAGGGAAUACAGUGGCCACCAGAAAGCAGUUGUCUGCCUGGCUUUCAACGACAGCGUCUUGGGCUAAUGGCCACAUGUGGGAGGAGAGGACCUCUGCUUGUUGUCACUUGUCCUGCAGUGGCAACACCAUCUCUGGAGCCCAAGACACGACCUGCAACCACCGUCCCCUCCUCUGGUGGAGGGCUCAGGCUCUGGCAGCAGCAGCUGCCUCUGCCUCAGUGGGACCAGGCUGCAGCUCCAAGCACAUCAUUACUGAAACACAUGUGGCUUCCAAGGGAGGCUGCCUGGACAAAAGGGAAUGGGAGAGGGAGGCAGGAUCCCACCGAGGGCAGCAGGGUGCUGUUCAGCCAGAGGAAUCCCUGUGGCAUCAGCUGCUGACAGCUGUGUGAUGUUCCUGUAUCCCAAAGUGGGGGAAAAAUAAAUCGGCCUUUCUAACUGUUGGAAGAGGCUGAGCAGAGGAGAGGCAGCUGAUUCCUUGGUUUGCAAUCCCUUUAUUCAAGUGUAUGCCACAGACUCACUGGGAGAGCUGCACUGGUAAAAAGCCAACCCCCCCAACAAGUGUAAUAACCUUGUGUUGAGCAGGGCUUGUAGCCAUGUAACACAAGCUACACCACAAAAUACCUCUAGGCCUGGAUCUCCUAAUACCUAUGUACAUGGUGCAGCCCUGAGCACAGCUGCAAAUAAAGUGUCUGUCAUGGUCA